AACCGCGCAGUGAGGGUCUCGAGCGCGACGGCGCGGCCGGAGGACUAAGACUGGCUAGUAGGGAAACGAAACUGAGGGAGGAGGCGGCGGCUCCGGCAGCAGCCGAGCCCGGCCCGGUAGCGGCGGCGACGACAGGGUCGGCCUGACUUCCCCGUGUCCGCUCCCGGCAGCUCGCCCUCUCCCCUCAGCUUAACAAUGAAGAGGAGACUUGACCCAGAAUGCACUGCUCCCAUCAAGAAACAGAAAAAAAGAGUAGCAGAACUUGCCCUGAGCCUCAGCUCCACCUCGGAUGAUGAGCCUUCCACCCCUGUCAGUCACACAGCAAAAGUUUCUGCGACAAGUCUUAGUGAGUCUGACAGUGAGAAUGAAGGGAAGCCGCGCAGCUCUGACUCUUUCAGUGACGUGUUCAAAGCAGACUCGCUUGUGGAGGGAACGUCUUCUCGAUACUCCAUGUACAACAGCGUCUCCCAGAAGCUCAUGGCCAAGAUGGGCUUCAAGGAAGGCGAAGGUUUGGGUAAAUUCAGCCAGGGUCGGAAGGACAUCGUUGAAGCCUCUAAUCAGAAGGGGCGGAGAGGCCUGGGUCUGACUCUGCAGGGCUUCGAUCAGGAGCUGAACGUGGAUUGGCGAGAUGAGCCGGAGCCCAGUGCCUGUGAGCAGGUGUCAUGGUUCCCAGAAUGUACUAUGGAAAUUCCUGACACUCAAGAAAUGAGUGACUGGAUGGUUGUGGGAAAGAGAAAGAUGACUAUUGAUGACGAGACAGAGUUCUGUGGUGUGGAGCUGCUCCACAGCAUGCUGCAGUGCAAGAGCGUGUUUGACGUCCUGGACGGGGAAGAGAAGCGGCGCGCUCGGACCCGGGCCAAUCCCUACGAGAUGAUCCGAGGAGUCUUCUUCCUUAACAGGGCAGCGAUGAAGAUGGCUAACAUGGAUUUUGUGUUUGAUCGCAUGUUUACCAAUCCCCGGGACUCUAAAGGGUUGCCGCUGGUGAAGGACCGGAACGCUGAGCUUCUGUACUUCGCCGAUGUCUGCGCGGGCCCGGGCGGCUUCUCCGAGUACGUGCUGUGGAGGAAGAAGUGGCACGCCAAGGGCUUCGGGAUGACGCUGAAGGGCCCCAAUGACUUCAAGCUGGAGGACUUCUACUCGGCCUCCAGUGAGCUCUUCGAGCCGUACUAUGGUGAGGGUGGGGUUGAUGGAGAUGGAGAUAUCACCCGCCCAGAGAAUGUCACUGCAUUUCGGAACUUCGUCUUGGAUAACACAGAUCGCAAAGGAGUCCACUUUUUGAUGGCUGAUGGGGGCUUCUCCGUGGAGGGGCAGGAGAACCUGCAGGAGAUCCUCAGCAAGCAGCUGCUGCUGUGCCAGUUCCUCAUGGCGCUGUCCAUCGUCCGCACAGGAGGUCACUUCAUCUGUAAAACCUUCGACCUCUUCACACCCUUUAGUGUGGGGCUCAUCUACUUGCUCUACUGCUGCUUUGAGCGCGUGUGUCUCUUCAAGCCUGUGACCAGCCGGCCUGCCAACUCCGAGAGGUACGUGGUGUGCAAGGGCCUGAAGGUGGGCACGGAUGACGUGCGCGAGUACCUCUUCUCGGUGAACAUGAAACUCAACCAGCUGCGGAACACCGAAUCUGAUGUCAACCUUGUGGUCCCCUUGAAGGUGAUCAAGGAGGACCCCGAGUUUACUGACUACAUGAUCCGCUCUAACGAGAGCCACUGUAGCCUGCAGAUCAAAGCGCUGGCCAAAAUCCAUGCCUUUGUUCAGGACAUGACCCUGAGCGAGCCGCGGCAGGCGGAGAUCCGGAAGGAGUGCCUUCGGCUCUGGGAGAUUCCGGACCAGGCUCGAGUUGCUCCUUCUUCUUCAGACCCAAAGUCUAAGUUCUUCGAGCUGAUCCAGGGCGCCGAGAUCGACGUCUUCAGCUAUAAGCCCACGCCGCUCACCGCCAAAACCCUGGAGAAGAUCCGGCCCGUGUUGGACUACCGCUGCAUGGUGUCCGGCAGCCAGCAGAAGUUCCUCCUCGGCAUGGGGAAGUCCCAGAUCUACACGUGGGACGGCCGCCAGUCAGACCGCUGGGUCAAGCUGGACCUGAAGACAGAGCUGCCCCGCGACACGCUGCUGUCCGUGGAGAUUGUGCACGAGCUGAAAGGGGAGGGGAAGGCCCAGCGGAAGAUCAGCGCCAUCCACAUCCUUGAUGUCCUCGUGCUGAACGGCAGCGAUGUCCGGGACCAGCAUUUCAACCAGCGGAUUCAGCUUGCUGAGAAGUUUGUGAAAGCCGUUUCCAAGCCCAGCCGGCCCGACAUGAAUCCCAUCAGGGUGAAGGAGGUGUACAGGCUGGAGGAGGUGGAGAAGAUCUUUCUCAGGCUGGAAAUGAAGAUCAUCAAGGGCUCCAGCGGCAUCCCGAGGCUCAGCUACACUGGGAGGGACGACCGGCACUUCGUGCCCACGGGCCUGUACAUCGUCAGGACAGUGAACGAGCCGUGGACCAUGGGCUUCAGCAAAAACCUCAGCAGGAAGUUCUUCUACAACAAGAAGACCAGGGAGUCCACCUAUAAAAUCCCCACAGACUCCAUCGCCCCAUUCCACGUCUGCUACUUCAGCCGGCUCUUCUGGGAGUGGGGAGAUGGCAUCCGUGUGCACGACUCCCAGAAGCCGCAGGACGUAGACAAGCUGUCUAAGGAGGACGUGCUGUCCUUCAUCCACAUGCACAGACACUGAGCCCCGCCUGGGGUGCUCCCGCCCACGCCCCGCCUCUCCCAGCCGAACACUGGGCUGGUUCCUUCCGCCUCUGUGAAGGGGCUGGGGAGCAGGACUGGGGAGCAUCAAGCCUGGGGCGUGGGCGGGGCCUUCAGAGGACACAUGGCUCCCCAGGCGGGUUUGAGGACAGGACAGAGCGGAGGGCUCCGGGCACUGCUGUGCUCUCGGGGCUCUGGCAGACCCCCUUUCCUGCGCUCGGCCCUGCCCUGAGGGAGGCCAGGCCCCUGCCGUGCCCAGCUUCUGUCGGCCUCGGUGCGCAGAGGCCCACUGUGGUCUCUGGCCGGGAGCAACUGUUGUAUAUGUCAAAGUUUUUAGUUUGCUGUGUUGACGCCAAGUUGGAGAAGACUUGGUCUCCUUCCCCACUCACCCCCUUUGCUGGAGCCCUUCCCAGCCCAGCCCUGACGGUCCUGGCAGGCCGGGACAGGAGGGCAGGCCAGUGCCUCUGCCACCACUUGGGAUCAGAGCGGUCUUGGGCACUGGCUGUGCCUAUGGAGCCUUCCUGGGCCGCCCCCUUUUGAUUCAAAAGGCUGCCCGCCUUGAGCUGCACAAGAAGCGGCCUUCAAGGCCUGCCUGUCCUUUCCCCUGGCAGCAGUGGCCCUCCUGGUGGCAGAGGCACUGCGUGGUCUGAGUGGCAGCUGUACAGGCCUGUGCCCUGGCCAGGGAGAGUUCUCUUCCUGGAGUUGCUCCGUGCUGCCCUCCCCUCUAUCAGGAGGCCAGGCUGCCUCCGCGUGCCCGAGGUUGCUGCGUUUCCUGUCUUGGCAGAGGCACAGAGGUAGGAGGGAAGCAAGGCUGCAGCUCUGGGCAGGGGAGGGCGCCCAGGUGGUUUUUAACAGGAAGUACCUUCAGAGAUGCUCCCUGGCUCACUAGGCCCCGUGCCGGUCUAGUUUUCAUGGAGCCAGGGCCCUAAGGCUCCUGGGAGGUGGAACGGACUCCACAGGGCCCUCAGCCAGUGCCCAGCCCCUAGGCUGGCGGCGGACACGCUGGAUUCCACCCAGCUCUGGGCUCGUCUGUGUGUCCUGCAGAAUCUUGGUUCAUUAAAGAUAAACAUAUUUUUAA